GGACCUUUCCCUAUACCGGCCUCUCUUUAAGGCUGCUGGAUAGUGGCAGACUGGGAGGAAGUAACUAACUCUCCGGUUCAUUCACACGCUCGCCGGAUUAGGGAGCUGUUGGAUGCAGUUCAUUCCUUUUUCUUAUUUCCAGCCAUUCUUUGUGGCUGCAAUAAACUCUGUUGCUACAGUUACUCUAUCUUUGUGGACUAAUAAUUCGAAAGACUCGGGGACGUUUGGAUAGAAGGCACUGGGAGUCAUCCCUAGAAAGGGCAAAAUGUCCAAAAUGGAGGUGAAGACAUCCCUUCUAGACAACAUGAUAGGUGUUGGUGAUAUGGUACUACUAGAACCACUCAAUGAAGAGUCAUUCAUGAAUAACCUUAAAAUGCGCUUUGAUCAUGGAGAAAUAUAUACUUACAUUGGAAGCGUGGUUAUAUCUGUGAACCCAUACAAAUCACUUCCAAUUUACACACCAGACAAAGUGGAGGAAUACAGAAACCGAAAUUUCUAUGAACUCAGCCCACAUAUUUAUGCCCUCUCCGAUGAAGCCUAUCGUUCCCUUAGAGACCAGGAUAAAGAUCAGUGCAUAUUGAUCACAGGAGAAAGUGGUGCAGGCAAAACAGAGGCGAGCAAGCUUGUAAUGUCAUAUGUGGCUGCUGUCUGUGGGAAAGGAGCAGAAGUCAAUAAAGUCAAGGAACAACUUUUACAGUCAAAUCCAGUUCUUGAAGCAUUUGGCAACGCAAAAACUGUAAGAAAUGACAAUUCUUCACGAUUUGGAAAAUACAUGGACAUUGAAUUUGAUUUCAAGGGUGAUCCUCUUGGUGGAGUAAUAAGCAACUAUCUGUUGGAAAAGUCCAGAGUUGUGAAACAACCUAGAGGUGAAAGAAACUUCCAUAUUUUCUAUCAGAUGUUAUCUGGUGCAUCUGAUGACCUUCUUGAUAAACUGAAGCUUGAGCGUGAUUUCAGCAAAUAUAACUACUUGGGUUUGGAUUCUGCCAAAGUGAAUGGUGUGGACGAUGCAUCGAACUUUAGAACUGUCAGAAAUGCUAUGCAGAUUGUCGGUUUCCAAGAUGAUGAAACUCGAUCCGUGUUGGAGGUAGUUGCUGCAGUUCUGAAACUAGGAAACAUUGAGUUCAAACCAGAAUCUCGGGUCAAUGGCCUUGACGAAAGUAAAAUCAAAGAUAAAAAUGAACUGAAAGAAAUUUGUGAACUCACUGGUAUUGAUCAAACUGUUCUAGAACGGGCUUUUAGUUUCCGGACAGUGGAAGCCAAGCAAGAAAAGGUCUCCACAACCCUUAAUGUUGCUCAGGCCUACUAUGCACGUGAUGCUCUGGCUAAGAACAUGUAUAGCAGGUUGUUUUCCUGGCUUGUCCUUCGAAUAAAUGAGAGUAUAAAGGCACAAAGUAAAGUAAGGAAGAAGGUGAUGGGUGUUUUGGACAUAUAUGGCUUUGAAAUUUUUGAGGAAAACAGCUUUGAACAGUUCAUCAUCAACUACUGUAAUGAGAAGCUACAACAGAUUUUUAUUGAAUUAACUCUUAAGGAGGAACAAGAAGAAUACAUUCGAGAGGGCAUUGAGUGGACUCAUAUUGAAUACUUCAAUAAUGCUGUAAUUUGUGAUCUCAUAGAAAAUAAUCAGAAUGGAAUUCUAGCCAUGCUAGAUGAAGAAUGCCUCCGUCCUGGAACUGUUACUGAUGAUACUUUCUUGGAGAAGCUAAAUCAAAUCUGUGCCACUCAUCAGCACUUUGAGAGCAGGAUGAGCAAAUCGUCACGUUUCCUAAAUGACACGUCACUGCCACACAGCUGCUUCCGAAUUCAACAUUAUGCUGGCAAGGUGAUGUACCAAGUGGAAGGAUUUGUUGAUAAGAACAAUGACCUGCUCUAUCGUGACCUGUCGCAAGCUAUGUGGAAAGCCAACCACUCUCUCAUUAAAGACAUAUUCCCAGAGGGAAAUCCAGCCAAGAUUAAUUUAAAGAGACCACCCACUGCUGGCUCACAGUUUAAGGCUUCAGUUUCAACCUUGAUGAAGAACCUCCUGACCAAGAACCCCAAUUACAUAAGAUGCAUCAAACCUAACGACAAGAAGGCAGCCUGUAUCUUUAAUGAUGCCCUUGUAUGCCAUCAAGUUAGUUACCUUGGUCUUCUAGAGAAUGUCCGGGUCAGAAGAGCAGGAUAUGCCUUCAGACAACCAUAUGAGCCUUGCCUGGAAAGGUAUAAGAUGCUUUGCAAACAAACGUGGCCUCACUGGAAAGGACCAGCCCGAGCUGGUGUAGAAGUUCUUCUCAAUGAAUUGGAAAUACCAAAAGAAGAAUUUGCUUUUGGAAGAUCAAAAAUAUUCAUCCGUAAUCCUCGAACGCUGUUCAAGCUGGAGGAGCUGCGUAAGGAGCGUCUUGAGGAUCUUGCCACCCUCAUUCAAAAAAUCUACAGGGGAUGGAAGUGUCGCACCCGUUUUCUCCUUAUGAAGAAGAGCCAGAUUGUGGUGGCAGCCUGGGUUAGGCGAUAUUUGCAACAGAAUAAUUACAAACGCAUUAAACGGUCUACCAUUGUGGUACAAUCUUACACAAGAGGAUGGAAGGCACGAAAGAUCCUUAGAGAACUUAAAUACCAGAAGCUUUGCAAUGAAGCGGCAACCACAAUCGCAGCUUACUGGCAUGGAACACAGGCGCGAAGGGAACUGAGACGGCUGAAGGAAGAGGCUAGAAAUAAACAUGCUAUUGCUGUCAUUUGGGCUUACUGGCUUGGACUGAAGGCUCGAAGGGAAUUGAAACGCUUGAAGGAAGAGGCUAGGCGUAAGCAUGCAGUUGCAGUCAUUUGGGCUUACUGGCUUGGACUAAAGGUGCGUCGAGAGUACAGGAAGUUUUUCCGUGCUAAUGCAGGAAAGAAGAUAUAUGAAUUCACAAUUCAAAGAAUAAUACAAAAGUACUUUUUGGAGUUGAGGAAUAAAGUUCCAUCAUUAUCACCAAUAGACAACAAUUGGCCAGCGAGACCUUUCCUCUUCUUGGACACUACUCACAAGGAAAUGAAGAGGAUUUUCCAUCUGUGGAGGUGUAAAAAGUACAGGGACCAAUUCACAGAGCAAAAGAAAUUCAUUUAUGAUGAAAAACUGGAAGCCAGUGAGCUCUUCAAGGACAAGAAGUCCUUAUAUCCAGCCAGUGUUGGGCAACCAUUCCAUGGAGAUUACUUAGAAAUAAGCAAGAAUCCCAAAUAUAAGAAGCUAAGUGAAUCAAUAGAAGAAAAGAUCAUAAUUGCUGACACUGUGAAUAAGAUAAACAGAGCCAAUGGGAAGGGGGCAACAAGGAUUUUUUUGCUGACAAAGAGUAAUGCCAUUAUUGCUGACCAGAAGUCAGGCCAAAUCAAGCUGGAGGUCCCUCUGGGAGAUAUCACCAAAGUUAGCAUGAGUUCCCAAAACGAUGGCUUCUUUGCUGUUCAUCUCAAGGAGGGCUCCGCAGCAGCUUGUAAAGGAGACUUUCUAUUCAGCAGUGAUCAUCUUAUAGAAAUGGCCACCAAACUCUACCGCACAACAUUGAUGCAAACAAAGCAAAAAAUUUACAUGGAGAUUUCAGAUGAGUUCCUCGUACAAUUCAAGCAGGACAAGGUCUGUGUGAAGUUCAUCCAAGGGACCCAGAAAAAUGGCAACAUCCCCACUUGCAAACGGAAAAAUAAUCGCCUCUUGGAAGUGGCUGUGCCCUAACCGUGCCACCUGUCUUUACUUAAAGACUUGUUCGUUUUUUAACAGUGCAAUUUUUAAAGGGAGGGGUUUCAGCAUUUUUUUUGGUUUGUUUUAAUUAUUCGUCGGCUAUGGCUAUAAUGUUCCUUUUUGGCCUAAACAAUCAGACAAUCUUAUGAACAUUUUUAAGCUUUUAUAAUAUUUUACCUUCCUAAGAAGCGUUUUGUUUUUUAUCCCAUGCAGUUAUUCCCAAGUAAGAUAUUGCUAAAGCGGUUUUGUAUGAACAGUGUACCCAUACAUGAUGAAGUCAGCAGACCCCUGUAACAAAUAACAUACGCAAGCAUUAUCUACCAGAUUCUAUUUUACUGGCUCAUUGCAGUAUGUCCAAAGUAAGCUCUCCAAAGCUUGUGUUUUAAACCUCAUGUCUAUCACCCAGUGUAAAAAAUAAACAAAUAGGUGCAGUAUGCAUGAAACAAGAGGAACCCACCCAAAAGGCUGUGCUUAAUAGAACAUUGUCAAAGUGCCUAGAACAUAGUGUUCAUCAGUUCUAGAUUGCUUUCUAAAUGCCAAUAAAUAUAAGUAGAAUA